AUGGCAGGCUCACACCUCUCAGAGAGGCUGUGUAGCUACAGUACCAUCUCUGAUGCGGUGUGGGAGUUGGCAGAGCUGAAUAAGACUCAUGUGUAUGGGCGGUGCAUUGCAUCUAUGACAGUGCCAGUGUACAUUGCGGAGGUCUCGCCACCCAAUCUAAGAGGCCGACUAGUUACUAUUAACACCCUCUUCAUCACAGGAGGACAGUUCUUUGCAAGUGUUGUUGAUGGAGCCUUCAGUUAUCUCCAAAAGGAUGGGUGGAGGUACAUGUUGGGACUUGCAGCAAUUCCAGCAGUUAUACAGUUCUUUGGUUUUCUCUUUUUGCCGGAAAGUCCUCGAUGGCUUAUUCAGAAAGGACAGACUCAGAAGGCUCGUAGAAUUUUAUCUCAGAUGCGUGGUAACCAGACCAUUGAUGAGGAAUAUGAUAGUAUCAGAAACAGCAUUGAAGAAGAGGAAAAGGAGGUUGGUUCAGCCGGACCUGUGAUCUGCAGAAUGCUGAGUUAUCCCCCAACUCGCCGAGCUUUAAUUGUGGGUUGUGGCCUACAAAUGUUCCAACAGCUCUCAGGCAUUAACACCAUCAUGUACUACAGUGCAACCAUUCUACAGAUGUCUGGUGUGGAAGAUGAUAGACUUGCAAUAUGGCUGGCUUCAGUUACAGCUUUCACAAACUUCAUUUUCACACUGGUAGGAGUCUGGCUCGUUGAGAAGGUGGGCCGACGAAAGCUUACCUUUGGUAGUUUAGCAGGUACUACUGUGGCACUCAUUAUUCUUGCUCUCGGAUUUCUGCUCUCAGCCCAGGUUUCUCCCCAUAUCACUUUCAAACCAGUAGCUCCAUCAAGUCAGAAUGCUACUUGUACAAGAUACAGUUACUGUAACGAAUGCAUGUUGGAUCCAGACUGUGGUUUCUGCUACAAGAUGAACAAAUCAGCUGUCAUUGACUCUUCUUGUGUGCCCGUUAAUAAAGCAUCCACAAAUGAGGCAGCCUGGGGCAGGUGUGAAAAUGAAACCAAGUUCAAAACAGAAGAAGUAUUUUGGGCUUACAAUUUCUGCCCUACUCCAUACUCUUGGACUGCACUUCUGGGCCUUAUUUUAUAUCUUGUUUUCUUUGCACCUGGAAUGGGACCAAUGCCUUGGACUGUGAAUUCUGAAAUAUAUCCCCUUUGGGCAAGAAGUACAGGAAAUGCAUGUUCAUCUGGAAUAAACUGGAUUUUCAAUGUUCUGGUUUCACUGACAUUUUUACACACAGCAGAAUAUCUUACAUACUAUGGAGCUUUCUUCCUCUAUGCUGGAUUUGCAGCUGUGGGACUUCUUUUCAUCUAUGGCUGUCUUCCUGAAACCAAAGGGAAAAAACUAGAGGAAAUUGAAUCACUUUUUGACAACAGGCUAUGUACAUGUGGCGCUUCAGAUUCUGAUGAAGGAAGAUAUAUUGAAUACAUUCGAGUAAAGGGAAGUAACUAUCAUCUUUCUGACAAUGAUGCUUCAGAUGUGGAAUAGUUAUCAGUUGCUGAUACCUUUAGUUAUUUAAACAAAUGUUGGGGAGAACAGCAAUUGGUGACCUCACUGCCCUGCUUUUAAUCUGAUUCUUUCCACAGUCUCAUCCUGAAUGACUUCCUAUUCUAGAAUACUUGAUUAGGAGGUAAAUGCAACCCUUAUGACUUUUGUUUAACAAGCAAAAAUUUUAGAAAAAAAUUUACAGAGAUUUUAAUCUAAUAAUUCUUCAGCUUAUAUUAAUUCUUUAAUCUAAUAAUUCCUUCAUGAGAUAGUGUAAAAUAAUAUUGUACCCAGUGACUUCAGUGGCCCCCUUUCCCUUAAGACCACAUAUAAUUAUUAGUGACAAUAGAGUCAAUACUAAUAUAGCCAAAUUACAUAAAUACACUUUUAAAGAAUUCUGUGAAAUGGUCCAAUAGUGUUUUAUGUCAAAACAUAGCCUAUUGACCCUAAAUUUUCUUAAUGAGUAGUGGCUUAUCUGUGAUCUGCUAUUAGAAAGUAAAUUUUUUUUAAAGUUUCAUCAACAGAUUCAAAAGUGUGUGUUAGGAGGGCACAGAUGUCCUUAUCUCUUUUGGAUACCACAUUUUGAUUUUUCUCUCCAGAUAAUGCAAAUUCUUCAGAGACUGAUUCUACACAAGAUCUUUUGAACAUAUCAAAAGCAGGUCUUUUUAGGGGUUAUUUUCAUACUUUUUUUUUUGCUUUAAUGAUAUUUGCACAGAUAAGCUAGCAAGUUUUGAUAAGUAUAUUUUAUUGUCAAAGAAAGAAAGAAAAGAUUUUUAUAGAUCCCUAAUUCAUAAGUCACUUAAGAAUGCAACUAUAAAUGCAAAUAGUGCCAGAUCUUUAACUGUAUUUCAGGGUCAAUUUUUGUUCAUGCCAAACCCACAUCUUCACUCAUUGGUUCUGAAUCCACUCUUUUGUGCCUUCAUUGGUAUUAUAUAAAUAGCUGCUAGCAGACUACUUUUCUCUUUCUUUUAAUCCAGUAACUUCUGAAAUGAGAGGAAGGAAAUCAGUGGCAGAAACAGUCCUGCUGUUAUUGAUGUUUCUUUAAUUAAAAUCAUGGGACUUAUUUUUUUAACUUUUUAUUAACUCUUCCUAAGUUAAUUAUCACAUUUAAUUGUAAUUGUCUUUUUCUUAACUCCAUAAACUAGUUUUUAUUUUGCCAUCUUCUCACAUUUUUUCUGAUAAUUUUCCAAAAAAUACCAAGAUAUAUAGAUUUGGCUCUGUGUGAGUGUAUGUGUGAUCCUGUAUGUGUGUUUGUUAAUGCUUGGUUUGAUUUUCCUUCUUGUCUAAAAAUUGAGAUUUUUUUUUAUUGGAACAAAUUAAUGGUCCUAAUAUAUCACAUGUUGAAAUGUUGACUACUGCAUUUCUAUAAUGUCUUUUCAAAGUGUUCAUUAGUUUCUGUGUUCAUUCAUCACUGAACUCUAAAUUCUUACCCUUCCAUCAAUAAAUAUUUAAUACAUACAAAAUUACUUGCUUACAAAAUCACUUGCUGAUUUCACUAAAAACAUGAAUGAAUCUUCUGUGGCCAGUUAGGAAUGCCAUCAGUUUGAUGCAUUGUAAUAGUACAUUUAAUAAGGUACUAUAUCUUAAGUGAAAAGCUGGCUUUUGAUAAAUUCAGUCUUCAGUUGCCAUGACAAUUGUCAAACUGAGAAUUUAGACAAGGAAGUUCACUCUAAGUCACCAGAAGUACUUAAGCAGUUACUUUGGUGCCCUAAAAAUCCUUCAACAAGAAAAUUUUCUCCAUUUGGUCCUUUCAUAUUAUUAAAAAAAACAUGAUUUUUAGAGAAGAGUGUUUCCUUGAAUUAGGUGCUUUAGCGAUUGAUUUCUAAGGGAAUAUCAAUAUUGAUUUUUCCCCAGAAAAGCAGAUAAUAGGGAAAUGUAUUAUUUUAUUAACAUGGGAUAAUAAGAAAUGUCUUAUCUGUGUAAAAUAUUAUACAGGUAAAGUGAAAAUAAGCUACUAUGUGAUACAAUCAAUAUUAUGGGGAGAAAAACAGUAAAGUUUUCUCUUUAAAAUUUUAUUUUUCAGAUUUGUUCAAUAUUGCCUCAGUUCUUCUCUUAUUGCAUAUAUAGCCUUAAUUAUAAACUUAUACUCAGCUAGGCUGAUGCACAGUAACUUUAUUAAAGAAGCAACUAGACUCUUGCUUUUUCUUACCAUGGCCUGUUCUCCCUGAAAAGAAAAUGAUGUUUUCAACUUUAUAUCCAAAAAUGAAAUAAUACCAGGGAAAAUCAGCCACAGUUCUCCUGUCCAAUUUCCUUCAACUCCUCCUUUAAAGGACUAUUUAUUAUUUAUGUAAUGAUAAUAAUAUUCCAUAUCUUUGAAGACAGAGAGAUAUAGUAUAAGAAUUAUUUAUAACUUUUUAAAAAAAAUAAUAACUCCUUGAAAAGGAAUCUUACACAGUUAGGGUAUUUUAGAUUUGGUGAACAUUUAUAAUACAUUAAAAUUAAAAUAUAUGAAUUUUGCAGGUUUUUUUAAUAUUAUCACCUUUUAAGUUUUCAGUGCCUUUGGCUACCACUAUCAACUUGAAAGCUUCCCAUUUGAAAUAUAAUCAAAUAUAUAUUUUGUAGGACAAUUUACAUAAUGUUAUUUGACCUACCUAUUAAAUCACAGAUUAAGCAUCAUGGUUUCAAUUGAAAUUAUUUAUAGUAAUUUCCUCCUAAUAUGCUGCAAAUUCAACAGAGGUAUGUGAUGGUUUAGGAAAAUAUAAUGAAGAAGGUCAUAAUCACUGAUGAGGCUAGGUAGAGAGCUGUUCUGCAUUAGAAUUUAAAAUAUUUAUUUUGUCCAUAUAUAGGCCUGAAUGUGAUAUCAAAAAAGAUAUUAAUAUCUUUCUUCAAGGUAAACAUACCUAUUAAUUUUGAUUAUUGCACCUAACUUAGUCAAUGAUUUAAAACAUGAUUGUUUUUAAUAUAUAUAUUUAUAGAUGGAAAAAAAAUUUCCAUUUGUGCUUUUGUUCCCAGCCUAAGCAUUAGUAAGUUCCUUAAUAGAAAAUUGUCUGAGAAUACCUCUAAAGUCUUUUCAUAACUUAAUUUUACUACUGAACUAGAUUUUAGUACCUAUCUAAAUAUUACUUUGUACAUUAUUCACACUAAAAUGAGAAAUUAGUUCAAGCAAAGAAUUUAUAAAUUUCUUACUAUAACUUCAGUAUCUGUUAAACAGGGCAAGAUUGAUCAGGAAAAACACAAGUUGGCAACUUUACCCUUUUGGUUUUCAAUAAAAAUUAAAAUGGGGCUGGGGGAGAGAAUGAUAUUUUAGAAAAUACUAUCCAUAUGUAAUCUUAAAAAUCUCACAUCUUAAUUAUACUAAUACAGUUCACUACUACAGUGGGGAGUUUGCAGGAUUGUUGUGAUUUGAUUUUUAUCAGCACAAUAAUUAAGUAUUAUUAUGUUUUGUUAUCAAAUUUUACUAUUUUCAAAGUUAUAGCAAAUUAUAUUAAAUACCUGACUUUUAUUCUGGUGUGGUAAAUUUUCAAUUAUACAUUCAGACCUUUUCACUUAUUAGUAAUAAAAUAAUUAAACAUAACCAGGCUAAGAAAAGAGAAUUUAUAGUGUAUGUUUUAUAGCAAACUAUUAAAUUAUGGGUAAAAUUUACAGCUGACAUAGAUGCUACCUAUAAAAAAGAUUUAUAAUUAUUCUCUGGAUUAAUUUUAAUGUCCUUUAUUCUGUCACUUUCUAUAAAUUUUUUAGCCUCAUGUAUAGUAAUGUUAAGCUAAAUUGAUGAAGUGGUUCAGAUUGUAGCAGUAUAUAAACUGUUGGUACAUUCAUUUCUUCUAGGUGAGCAAUACUGCUGCUAUUGUCUAGAAACAGCAAUCAUUUAAAAAUGCCAAACAGCUAACUGCUAACAACUCUUUCUUGUAUAUCGUCUCUCUUUAGAGAAGGAAAUUUUUGUAUGCCAAGUGUUGAUGUUCGAAAGUACAUGAAAAGGUAUUUUAUCUUCAUAACUUGCUUGUGAGUGUAAAACAGCAUAAUUCCUAUAAAUCUUUUGUGUGUAUAAAAUA